GUUAGCACUUCCGGGUUCCAAUGUUUACAUCUGGGAGCAGUUUAGAAUUCACAGAGCUGUCUUUUUGGCUAAUUAAAACCAUGUUAUAUGUCAGGAACAACAUUUACUCUAAAUUUUAGGGCUUACACUCUCUCACGGUAGGUAUUGCUAAAGUUAUGACGUUAAUGCAUGUUUACAUUUUGACUGUAAACGGUUCGUGUUCAUUCAGGCUAACCUGCCAACGCCAGGCAGGUAGAAUGAACACCGGUGAUUAACACCUGAACGGGAACACAAACGGAUUAUUACAAAUAAAUACUACAAGUAUUUGUAGAAUUAUACAAAUACUGCAUAUAAAUGCGAAGUAGGGUUUGACCGGAUGUUGGAAAUGUCGUUGCUGGAAGAUGAUUGAUUGAACUAAUUGCUUUAUGUUAUUAUUUUUAAAUCAAUUGAACAUAUUGAAAGAUUCAAUAAUUGCUCACCGGGUGUCAUUAUGGAAUAUGCGUUUUUUUAUGGAGCGGUAGCUUUUUAUAAAUAAGGGAAAAUAAUUUACUUCGGCAGCGCUAAGGUUAACAUUGCUCAUGAUAGAUGAAACCAAAGAGAGGAUAUUACUGUUUCUUUCCAGGAAUAAAUAACAGUGGCCCUUAAGGACGUUUGCGCCAAUGUCACAUGACUGCAAAAAAUAAACAAACAAAAGCAUACCAUGAAACACUUAACAGAGCUCAAAAUCCUCUCCUGAAACUAUGAAGCGUUUCGCAAGUUGCACGAAUGUGGUUUUCAGAGAAACAUACGCAAGUCUGGGACAAAGAUUUAACAGUAUUAAUCGUGGUUAUUAUUUAUAUUCUACAUUGCUAGCCGAGGAUAUGAGAAGGUGACUUGAUGUUUUUUAAUCGUGACACAGGAGAUACUUAAAUCUGAAAUUGUGGUUUUAUGCUGUAGUUCACUUUUCAUGAAAUCACUUCAAGUCAUGUUAGUUCAGCCUAACUUUGGAAAUUUAUUUUUUAACCGGUACAGUCACAUGAUACCUAAACUUUGGAUUGUGGCAAGAUAGUGUUUGCAGGAAAUAGUGGUUGAGAUGGGAAAGAAAGUGCAAAACCACAUAACUUAUCAUAAUCUGAUGUUAAAGGGGUGUUAGCAGAAGAAAAUACAAAUGAAAUAUUUGUGGUUAUUCCUAACAACUUCAACAGGAAGUAGGUUUAAGAUACUGAAUAAUUUAGUCAUAAAAACAGAUUAUAUAAUUUUGAACACAUUGAGCUUGGCUAAAUAUGUACAUUUUCUGUCCUCAGUGUCAGCUGCUGAUGGUCCAGAAAGGAGUAAACUAUGAAAAAGAAAAGCAGACGUUCAAGGACAUCGGAGCCCUCUGGCCAGACCAGUGAGACAUCGAUGACAGUGAACUUAAGUGAGGAGAAGAGACCCACUGGAAACAGAGGGAGACCGAGGAAGACUGACCCAGUUACCACCGAUAGUCUCUACAAUGAUAGUACUGCAAAAGACAAGGCUGCUGAUAUAGACUUCAGUGUAAUUGCAGCUGAUGACAUACGAAAAGAUCCAGACAGCAAGUCCAGACCUGCAGGUGAGAGGCUAGAAAUAGUGAACAUAUAUAUAAAAUAAAAAUAAAAAAAGACAAUGUCAAAAUAGUUUAUAGAUCUCUUAAUUCAAUAUUUAAUCUUGUAACUGACAUAUCACAACGGCACUACUAUCUGUCGACUGGGCAAGCCGGUCUGCUGAUGGCUGGUAUAUCAUUAUAAAGUCACAUUGUUGUUGUUUUACAUUUGACGUAGUAUGACAAUUCCAAUUGAUGAAAAACAAAAUGACUGAAUUUGAGAAAACAUUUUAUUGAAUAAAUGCAGAGGCUAAAUUAUUGAGCUGGUUUUCAGUCCAGCUAAAUAAUAAAGAUACAAGAUGAAUUUUAGGUCUGCUCUGAAACAAAGAAAACCUGUAUAUAUCCUUUGUUUUGUGCACAUUAAAAUCUUUUGGUGGAUUUGAGUGAAGUGAUGAAAAGAGUUUUGUUGUUUUGGAAGUGGCUGUUUUAAGUAAAGUGGCUGUUUUAGAUAUGAUAUGCUGUCAUUCAGGGUAGGAAAAGUGUGUUUUUAUUUAGAAAAGAUCAUUGUGAUAUCAGCUUUGUAAGGGGCCAGUGAUGUCAGUCAUUUCAACAUGUCAUUGAUUAGCCUGAUUGACUGACCAACUGAUAAAUCAGUCCAUUCCAAAUGCUAUGAAUCAGUCCUGCAGAUUAAGCUCCAAUUCUUUGCCAAUUAUCUUUGCAGUUUAAAAAAAACACUCACUAGUUGUUUCUCCCCACAGGUCGACUGUCAGCUGCAAUCUGUCGGCUCUGCCAUGGGAAGUUCUCACCUCGCAGUCUGCGACAUGCCUUCAACAAGUGGCCUCAGGACUCCAUCGGCAUUGUGGAUGAUGAGUCAGACUCUGUGGCUCAGUCGCCCCUUGUAUUCUAUUCAGACUUCCAGCAGUUGGUUGGUGUCCAGUUGGACCGUGACCCCAGGCUGUCAGAGUUUAUCUGCAAGAAAUGCCACGGCAAGUUCUACAAGUGCCAUAGCAUCCUGGUCAGGUUUCUGCAGAGAGUCAACCUCCCACCUGUAGGGAAAGAGAAUCUCAAAAACCAGUGAGUUUGCUCUUUAAGUGUUUUUGUGAUAGGGGAUUUUAUGGUGGGCUUUUUAAGAUAAUUAAGCAGGGAUUGAGCAUACGAGAAACUGUUUCUUUAAUUUUCAGGAAGAAUGCAAAGUGCUCAGAGCCCUCAGUUAACCAUGCCUCAACAGGUAAGAAAAAGCUUUUCAUUUUUGCAUUUUCUUUUAAUACACAGAACCCCGAUUACUUCACUGUUAAAAAUAACACAUUCGGCUGUUUUGAUCCUAGCACCACCCUCCUUUAGCUCGGACCCUAAGUGCCUCCACAGUCUGGUGUCCUGGGCUCACCACCAUGGAGAGGGCUGUCGUUAUUGCCCGGACCUGAAGGAGGUGCUGGAGGGUCAGUGCUGGGGCUCAGUGAAGGCUGUUUGGGGCUGUGUUGAUGGUCACAGAUAUAUCAUGGACACUCAGUGCGCAAAUGCCACAAACCCAGGGUACUCUCUGAACUUAAGCUCUGAAGCUUUAGGGAGGGGUAAUGGUGAGGAAGUGAUGUCAGAGGAGGAGGACCAGGAACAGGAAGAGGAAAAUGAGGAUGAGCAAACUUGCAGGAAUGAAAGGACUGCAGGUGGGAGUUUGGCUCAACAUAGUUCACCUUCAGCCCCAGGACAGACUCAGAGCUCAGUGAUGGCAGACUGGACCAGCAACACUGAAGGUGAGACUGAGACCCCCUCAAAGAGUGAGGGAGAGCCGCUGAAGAAGUCACAAAAGAGUGACCUACAGUAAAACAAUGUGAUGAAGUUUAACAUUUUUGCACCCUGCAUUCACAAUGAGCAUUUCAACAGUGCAAAAUAACUCAAAUCUUAGUAUUGUCUUUGAAGCAAGAAGAGAAAAAACUCCAAGGCGCUCUCUUAAUAAUAGGAUUAUGUAGACCUUAUGUCUAUGAUUUCAAAAAGGAAUAUCAAGUUUUGCUUUAUCCAACAACGAUAAUUUGUCACUUUGCCUUAGUCCAUCUGACGUGGACGUAGGGGCAGAAAAGAGGUGCAGUUUUAACCUGCAUGUGGGGAAGCAGUUCACUUAGUGAUUUCCACUACAGAGUCAUAGCUGUUUUUAAUGCAGUGCAGCCCAAGGGCCCAAAGAUCACAGCCAUCAGCUAUUGUUUUUUGAUCUUGUUCCCUUUCUUGAGAUUCACACUUUGCAUGUAAGGGACAAAAUCAGCAAAGAGAAAACAAGGAUCACUUUCUUCCCCAAGGGGGCCCCAGGAAGUUCUUGAUUUAGGAAAAAACUAAUCUAGGUCCAUAUGCAUGGUUACAUUUGAAAGAGGUCUAUUUUAAAAGAGGUCUUUUCUCAUCUCAGAAGCCACUAUAUUAGCCACAAUAUCAGUAGACUUUGAGUUUCCCACCAGAAAAAACAAUGGCUCAUUAAUAAUUUUCCUUCAUACAUCAUUGACUCGUGUAAUGGUGGUUUACCUUGUUAGAUUUCACAGGUCCUGAGGGGCCCCAUGCUCUCAUUGAAGCCCAACUACAGGAAAGAGCUGCUGACAGUGAUCUGUCUGACAGGUUGGUCACACUGUUCAUCAGACUUUCUUCUGGUCUUACAACCAUCAGCUUGUUGGAGAACAGCUGUUUUUUUUUUUACUUUGCAGAGAUAAACUUAAGCUUGGUAAAAAUGCUAAAACAAACUUCUCUUACUGUGUGUGCAGGGUUAUCUCAGAGGAUGAGUUCGAAGAGGGGACGAAAAGAGGGUUGUCAGACGACGAGUUGUUUAAGCCACACUCAGACAAGAGGUGGGUUUAGAUAACUUUUCGCACACACUUUUAAUUCUAUCCAAAACUGCAGAAGUAAAAUGAGAGUGACUGCCUACAUGUGUCUUCUCCUUCCUCCAGAGUUCGCACAAACAAGAGAAAAAGAAGCCCAAAAGCUCUGGAGGAGCCCAAAAUCAGAAAGAAACCUGGACCCAAACCAGGCUGGAAGAACAAGUUCAAACCUAAAGGGUAUGAGGAUUUUAUUCACACAGCUGAGGUCCUAGAAUUUCUUCAUUGUAUAAAAACAACUCAACAUGAGCUGAAAUGAAAUUCAGUGUUGAAUCUUCUCCGUUAAAAUAGAGUGGAUUUGUUUAGAGCACUCAUACAAACAAAUGCAUCAUCCACUAACGGUUUUAAUUCUUUUGUUGUUCUUUCAUUUAAGAGAGGAGCUGCCCAACAUUUACAAGUGUCCUUAUCAGGGCUGCACGGCCGUCUACAGAGCUCCAGAUGGUUUAAAGGUAGGACUUACCAGAUACUGACAACAUGCUCAUACAGAUUUCAUAUUUCUCUUAAAGAUUUCUUGUCAGUUUUUCUUUUGACUCUGUCCCAAAUGGAGGAGUGAAAUUCAGAUGCAAAGUGUUUACAGAUAGUGUGAAUCCUCAUUUAGUGCAUUUGGUUUUAAAAGUUGUUGUGAUUGUUGGUAAAUUCCAGUAAAAAAAAAAAAAAAAAAAAAAAAAAAAAAGCUUUUUUUUCUUCUGAAAGACCAAAUCUUGUAAAAUAAAAACUGAUAAUAAAAACUGAGAAAGAAGACAUGAGUUUAAGAUUUAAUGAUAAUGUUGGUUUUAGAUAGUUUAGUUCAUGCCUGUUUCUGUCUCACAUUCAAAAAGCAGCAAUGAUCAGACUAGUAAUAUUGUGUGUUUACGAUUGAAGCUUUGUUCUACCCUCGACAAAUGCAUUUACCUUAAUUUUCUUUGAGAAAACAAAUAAUUUGUGGUGUUUAAUAAAUUAAUGCAUUAUUACUGUAUUAUAAGUCAAGUCAAAGUGAGGCAUUUUGAAUGUCUAGAGGGAAACUCUCAUCCCUUCCUGGAUACAGAAGAUGAGGCCUAACAAAACGAGGGAACAAGACAGCGGCCUUUGGUCAUUUUCAGUCAGACCCAGAUCAAAGAACUCAUGCACUCAUACGACGAGUAAAUAGAUGUCUUUACCUCUGAUCAAAUGCCUGGUUUCUUCAUCUGAUGGUUUUUUUUUAGAAACACAUCAAGGAACAUCAUGAGGAGAUGAGGGAGCGGCCCUGUCCUCAUCCUGGCUGUAACAAGGUCUUCAUGAUCGACCGGUAUCUGCAGCGACACGUCAAGCUCAUCCACACAGGUGAGCUCAAUACAAAGAUAGUCAGUGUGUUUUCAGAGGGUUAGUAGAGAAUGAAUGUGUGCUCCGCUUCUCUGUGGGUCAGCUAGCUUCCUCCAGUAUUGUGUUGGUGAUCCCCAAUAACAGGAUCCUGCAGUAACAAAGUUUGAAUUAUUGAAGCCACCGUAUCUCAGUACUGUUAUGUAUACCAUGUUAGAUUGACUUGAUUGAUUGUUAGAUUAAAUAAUGACUGACAUGGUUAGAUCUUAAAUGUUUAGUCACAGUUUUCUAACAUCCACAUUCUCAAUCUAAUAAGAGUUUGAACACUGCAAAAUAAUUACCAAACAGAAUUUGAUGGUUUGCAAAUAAUUUUGACUCUAUCCGUUAUUAAUAACUGCAAAUUCAGCAUGCCAAAUAUUAUAACUGAAUUCUGUCACUGUUGAACUACAAACUACAAAAUGCAAAUUUUCCAACAGCAUUGCCCAGUAGUCAAAGACUGGUUCUGAACUGACUUGAAAACAUUUGGUGCAUCAUGACAAAAGUUAUGACAAAGGAGACCCUGAUUUGUUAAGCAGCUGAAUUCCUUUGUGGAUUAAAGAACGGGACAAAAUUCAAUUUUCAAAACUCCAGAAACUAGAUUCCAGGGUUCCCAAACCCUCUUUUCUUAGUGUAUAAAAAGGAAGAGGUAAAGUAAUGGGAGGUAUUUGUAAACAUGCCCCUUAACCCAACUGUUUCGAGGUCUGUUGCUGGCAUCACAUCUUUCCUAAAAUAAAUGGCAAAAUGAUCACAGUGAAAUUCUUUGUUUUAGAUGCACUUGGAGAAAUACCGUCCUUGUUGUUCAAGGCUGAGGUUUUAUUGAACUUUUACUUAAUUCUCUUGCGUCUGUGUUUUUCUAGAGGAGAGGAACUACAUUUGUGAUCAGUGUGGCCAAACCUUCAAACAGAGGAAACAUCUUUCAGUUCAUCAGAUGAGACAUUCAGGGGCCAAGCCACUCCAGUAAGUACUGAUCCGAUAUAGAUCUAUUUAUUUAAAAUAAAGCAGAAGUCUGAGGCUAAACGGCAUUUGUCAAGAUAAGUUAAUAUAAAUAUUUCAGUUUGAAACCAGGACAGUCUGUAUUUGAUGUUUUGCUUCUUUUUCUGCUCAGAUGUGAGGUGUGUGGUUUCCAGUGUCGCCAGCGUGCCUCGCUGAAAUACCACAUGACCAAACACAAGGCGGAGGCUGAUCUGGAGUUUGCAUGUCUGAUGUGCGGGAAACGUUUCGAGAAGGCUCACAACCUUAACGUACACAUGUCUAUGGUCCACCCACUGACACAGGCCGAGGCUCAGAGAGGCAGCACCCAACAACAGCAGCCGCUUUAUUCUGACCUGCACACCAUCACCCUGACCGGGGAGGUGGUUCAACAGGACCAGGACAGAUGACAGCAGGGAGUCAGAAUACAGAUCUGCUAUAUAAGUACAUCAACUGUGGGACAGGGACCAGCUCUGAAGACCUCUUCCAUAGUUUCCAUAUUUCAUUGUCAGCUCAUGGACUCAGAUGGGACCCUGUUUUGUUUCUGACUCCAGUGACCAAUAGAGAACUGCCUCAGUUCUGUGUCAGUGUAGCAUUUUUAGCUUAGCUUUCAUGUCUUAAUAUUAAAACAACUUCUUGUCUUUAAGUUUGCUUAAACAUUUAUUUACUAUUAAGAGGGUAUUGCCCAAGCUGCUGACUGUUAAAUUAACUUAUAGGCAGCUCCUAAAAAGUAUCAGGUGUUUUAAAACCGAGACUUUGUCAUCCGGAAUGCAAUUUUCAUUUUUGUUAGAGUAACAUAUUCUGAGGAAACCAGAAGAAACUUAAAUAUUGUUUUCCUCAAAGUCACCAGACUCUUUAUUAGAAACAGAAACUUCACCUUGAACUUACCUGUUCUGCAGGUAUAAAUUACUUUUCUUUAUUUUAAUGGAGUCUUGCAGCUUUAAAGAGAGCGAUGUUACAGGUAUUUCUAGUUUUAAAUCAAGUUCUUCUUUCAUGUUGCCACUUAAAUCCCACUUCAAGUUCCCACUUAAAAUCACAUCUUAAGCUGGAAAUAGGAGAAACACUUGUAGUGGAUGUUGUCUGACCAGGAUUAUCUUCUUUCAUUACAGACACGCUUGUUCUGUCUCUAAUAAUGUGUUCAUCCAAGCAGAGAGACUUCAGAUACUAAGCCUCAAAGUGCGUCAUUACCUCUCUCUGUUCCUCUUUGACGCUAAUACCAAUAUUUUCUAAAAGAGAGGCAGAAGGGACUCCUUGUUAUGACUUUGAAGUAUGUCCAAACUAUUUCCUGUAGAAACACCAAAAUCAUAUCAAAGUGUUCAGGAACUCCUGACCACAAUCUGCGUUCUUUAUGAUAGAAGCUGCCGUUUUUGUUAGGAUAAGUCCAAAUAUGAGACCAGAGCCGAGGCAAAAAAAAAAAAAAUACUCUCUUUUUCCUGGACAUUUUGGCUGCCUUAGCCUGCAGUGUCUCUAUCGUCAUGGCAACCUGUGAGCCUCAGGCCAGGCCCACAGCUGAGACCAUUUCACUAAUCAGGGACUACUCAGACAUCACUGCAUCACUUAAUCACUUUCAGAUCAAUUUGAUUAAUGAUAAAAAGCUGACUCUCAAUUAGAAUCUCACAGGGGCAAAUGCACAAAGGCGCUGGCUCCUAUAGAUGCCAAUAGAGAUGCUAUAAACUUUACAGCAGGCCCCUAUACAAUAAUUAUUGUAUAGUGGCCACUAUUGUUAUACUGUGGACUUUUUCUUAUUCGUCUUCUAGACAAAUUUUGAUUUGCUACAAGUCCAACAGCCUAAAGAGUUGUAGGGCAAAUUUUACAUCAAAAUGUGCGGUUUGAUCAGGAUCGGUGUGCUGUUAUUCUCGACUGUAUAGGAAUUUUUUUGCAACAAAAGUCACAAAAAACUGGGAAAAUUUUUGAAGUCUGUCUUUGAAGUCAACGGAACAAGCAAAAAAAAAAAGCAAUUAUUGGACUUAAAGGAAUAUUUGUUGUAGGUGUGUUCCUUGUAUUUAAAAUCACAAUAGUAUUAAUUAUUUGAAAUCUCUGAAAAUCUCAUCAUCAUGUACACUCCCCGGCAGUAGCCCCCUUGACUCUAUCAAAAUUUCCCAGAGGGCAUUUUCUAGUAUUUUACUUACCUGAUGGAGAUGCCACAAUUUCAGCCCCUCAUCCUCGUGUAACUUUUCAAGAGAGCUUUAGGGAUGCUCAUCCUGUUAAUAUUCCAACUCCAACUAAAAUUUACCUCACAAUUUAAAACUUUGCCUGUGACAUCCAACAUUUUACAUAUUCAGGGCAGUUAAGGGUUAAUGAGCUUGGGGUCACAGUUCCUUGGUCAGGACAGUGAGGAUAUUCUCUUAUCUGAGGAAGUGUAGAUUGAUCAGAUUUCUUCAGUCUGUAAAUAUUUUGGUGACAAACGCAGUUUAAAACAACUAUAAACUCUCAGUGAGCUGCAGCUUUGUCAGAAAUAUACAGAUUAACUCAUGUUUCAGCUAACUGUGCAGCUUAUCAAUCUAAAGUUGUUUUUCAAAAGUUAGUCAAUAAUAUUCAAGGCCAUUUGUGAUCUGAUUUAAUACUGCACUCAAUGCUGAUCAUAUUUAACUCAGCAGCUGUGGAUUUUGUACCUUGUGAAGAAGCUUGAGGUAACUCACAAAGUGGCUUCUCUGAAGAAAUGGCAUCUAAAAAAAUAAAUGUUUCUGUAUUCUGUGAAGACUUCAGGAUUUCAACCUAAAAAGACAAAAAAAAAAAAACACUCAAGGUGCCUCUGUUACAGAUCUGAUGUAAAUAUGAAGUUGCACUGCCUGUGGACUUAAUGGAUCCAAACACUCUUUCUGAUUUGUUGGAUGAAGUGUCCAGUAUCAUUCAGCAGCAGAAGUCCCGUCAGUGUGAGUCCCAUUAUGCAAAAUAGUAAUAAUGUAAAGCUGUGUGACCUCCUUGGAGGGCAGAGUAGUGAAGAAUUAUCUCCAGCAUUGUUCAGCAACAUUGUGCUUUUAUUUGGUCACUGUUUUUACAAAAUUAUUACAAUGCUGCGUUCUCUUUAUAAGUUAACUUCUGUGUUGUAAACAGUGGUAAGGGCUUCAGAUGUACAUGUGUGUAAAAAAAACAAAAGUCCUGUGUGCAUUAUGUAAAUAAAGUGAAGGUCCCUUUUUUUUUUAAACAAAAA